GCGGUCCGGUGCAGCUAUCCUCUUGGGAGUUGGAGUCUUGGUCCUCUUCGUAUCCUGCUGCUGUGCUACAGUUAGGCGCGCACAGGCCAUAAUCCGAAUUUUACUCCAGCGGUUGAUUGUCCUCAUCUUUGGCCAAAUUCAUGUUUUCAAUUUCCCAAAGUAGGCUUGCUGCUCUCGUGGAUGCUCACAUACCAAAGUAGCUGAAGAAAUGGCAGACAGAGGUUCGGUGCUGGCUACGCUCUGCAAAUCUCAAUGGCCCAAGCUUUUCAUCUCCAGUCAUAUUGUCUCAAGACCCCUGCUCUUACAUUCUGUUUACCCAAAAUCCUGUCUAGGCAAUUUGAUAUGCAAGGUAUUCUGGAGAGGGGCGGUAAUCAGGCCAGAUUACGGACCCAAAAGUUGUAAUAUCUGGGGGAUGCACUUGGUUCGGUUUCUAUCCACACUCCCCGGAGCUCCAGAGUCGGGAAGUAGGGGCAACAUUGCAGUUGUUGAUGAUUGUUUAAACAAAUCUGCGGAAUUGAAAGUGAAAAGAAAGAAACUGAAGGGUAGAAGGGCUGUGGUGAAGUGGUUGAAGUGCUUCAGGUGGAAGAAGAAGAAAGAAUUCCAGAAGAUGACCGCUGAGGAAAAAUUGCUUUUCAAUCUGAGAAAAGCACGCAAAAAAGAAGAAAGGCUUCUUGAAGCUUUAAAGAAGAUUGAACCCAAGGAAGAGUCUGAAGCCACCCAUGAUCCCGAGAUAUUGACACCAGAAGAACACUUCUACUUUUUGAAGAUGGGGAAGAAAUGCAAGAAUUAUGUGCCUGUUGGAAGACGUGGGAUAUAUCAGGGUGUGAUUCUUAACAUGCACCUCCAUUGGAAGAAGCACCAAACACUUAAAGUUGUUGUCAAGACAUUCUCCCCUGAGGAGGUUAAGGGAAUUGCUGCAGAACUGGCAAGGUUAAGCGGUGGCAUCAUUCUUGAUAUUGAGGAUGAUAAUACCAUCAUUAUGUAUAGGGGAAAGAACUAUGCUCAACCGCCGACAGAGAUAAUGUCCCCCAGAAGCACUCUUUCUAGGAAAAAGGCUCUGGAUAAAUCCAAAUAUAGAGAUGCCUUGAGAGCUAUCAGGAGAUAUAUACCUAGACUUGAGCAUGAUCUUGAGCUGCUUCGAGCACAAGCAGGGAACCAUGCCAGACUUCCUGAAGAAAAUAAAUCAAUUGGAUCCGAGAGUUUUGAUUCUGAUCACCAGUUACAUUUGCAAGCUGAGGCAUCCAAAAAAUUGAAUGCAGUAUUGUCUCAAAAUGGCCAACAUGAUGAUGAAAAUGACUCGGAGGAAUCUGAUCUGGGUGAAGAUUCUGAAGAUCUUUCAGAUAUUUUUGAGACCGAUGAGUCUGAGGAUGUGAAUGAUGAGGAUAGUAAUGAGGGACCCUCCCUUUAUCUGGAUGAAUUUGAAAAGUUUCCAGUUCAUAACAGUCGGGAAACAGAGGAUUUUGAGGAACAUUUGCGUCAAAUAUCCGCUGAUUCAAUGAAAGGGAAAUUCCAAGGUGGAGAUCGAAAGGCAUCAGAUCUAGAUGAAUUUGAUAAGAUGAUCCUGGAAGCUGCAUCACUUUUGAAGAAAAACAGGAGAUGAAAAGCCUCCUUAUACUGGUGAGUGCAGUGGGGGCAGAUGGAACUGGGUGGCGUGCACUCAAGUAGCAACGUGAAGCCAUGGCUAUUAAUUUCCACAAGCAGUGGUUAUGGCAAAAGUAAAGCUCUCGAAAAGGAAAGAGACACACACAACAGCACUCUGUAAAGUCUGCAACAAAUAUAAAAGUGAUCUGAUAUGCCCAUUGUGUACCCCUCAGGUUCUUUUUCAUGAAUUAUACAUAGCUCAGAAGAUACAUGAUGCUCCAUUUAAGUCAUUUCACAACUCCAAAGAAGCAAUUAUUAUUCUUUUCCCUUCUUGUCCAUAUUAAAGAUGAGGUAGAUGAAAGGGGCUUCAUAGUAAUUUUAGAGGGUAAGAUCGGUGAAUUUGGAUCCCUUCCAAAACUGAAAAGUUCCCUUUGGAGGGAGGAGAGAAAUUAUGAUGGUGAUGUAUUGGUGAGUCAGAUAGAGAUAAUAAGGUAGAGAUAGGAAGAAGGGAAUGUCAUACUACGUAGUAGUCAGGAAUGUCAAUAAAUGUCAAUAAAUGUGUUAAGCUUGUGUGCAGUUUUUUAUUGCUAAGAAAAUGCCAUUAACUUAUUUGGGAUAAUAUGUGUAUGUUAUCUAACACAAGUGAUACUCCUUAUUUAUUUGUCUGUGCCAUUUGCAAACAUCAUCACUUUAUUUAUCCGAUCUUUUCUUUUUGCAAAGAUAUUAUGAAUAAGGAACAUUUCAAUGUAAUUUUGAUAUUCAAAAUAAUUAAGUAUUAAGAAAUAUCAUUGGUCAAAGUUGAUUGUCAUUGAUCAAGAAAAGUCAAUUUGGCGAACCUUUUCGGGAAGGAGGGAGUAUCUGAUACUACCUCCGUCCCAAAUUAAUAGUCUCAGUUCCUAUUCACUUGGUCAACACAAAUCAUUCUUAAUCUCUUACUUUAUAUAUCAAAUUUUUAUCAGAUUUGAUUCUUGUUUUUGCGGUUUUGUAAAGUUUUUGAUGUAGUUUCUGAAUAUGUAAUUUUUUUUUUUAAAAUAAUUUGAGUGUGGAUAGGGAUAUGUUUGCCUUAUCGUCGGUAAGCAUCGUAAACCACAACAAGACUAUCAUUUUGGGACGGAAGAAGUACUUCUUUUAGUCAUAUUUUGGGGUCGGGUUUAAUGUCUUAAAUUCUCUCAUGAUAUAUAAAUUCCGUGCAUUACCUCUUUUGCUUCUUAAUCAUGCACAUAACAGCCAUAACUCAUUCAAAGACUAAUUUAAUUAUCAAAUAAAAAAGUGAGUGAUGUUUUUGUAUAAAUAAUAGAACUUGACAAAUUGACUUGCAUGCUCAUCAUCCUAACAUUAAGUUACAUGAUUUUAAAGUGUUAAGUUUGUUGUUUCCGAGUGUUAUGUGCAGGAUUAAAUAUAACAUAAGGGGGUUUUGUGCAUUUUUAUGUAUCACAAAAAAACAUAUACUCCGUAUUAGGGCAUCUCCAUUGGUAGGAUUAUUAGGAGAUUAAAUAAAUGACAUGGCAGAUUUUUUAUAGAAGCAUCAUUGAGUGACUUAAAUUAUUUAAUGAGAUUAUUUGCUACAAUAAUCCGGGAUCAAAAUAUGAAUCCGGAUUAUUUUAAUAUUAUUUAAAAAGUAUAUGUAAUAGAAGUUAAUGCAGGACCGAAAAAAUCGGAUUAUUUGAAGAUAAUGGUUGUGAGACAUAAACAAAUAUUGAGAUUAUUUAAAAUUAAUUUUAUAACAAUAUUUAAAAGGUAAGAAUUAUAGAAAAAAAUGAUUAUUAGAGUGAGAUGCUCUUAGGAUACAUUGACUUCAUUAUCCCAGCUAACAAUCUCAUCUCCACUGUUUCGGUAAAAAUAGUCUUACUAGUGCGCGUGGCUUGAGUGAUAUUUCGGAGUCCAUUGGUAAUUAAAUAUCGUUUUUAUCAAUCUUUCCAUUCCACGGAAGGAAACUAGUCAUAAAGAUUAAAAUUUGUCCAUCUCUAGUCCUUGUGGCUGAAUUUCCAACCCCCUCGUGGUGAUUUUAAAAGCCGAAUAUAUUUAUGAAAAGGAACACAUGUAGCACGAAACAAUAAUUAUGAGAAGUAAUCAAAAUUAAAAUAUGGAUGGACUAUAUGUGAAAUUUAAUCCGUAUAUAAUAUUAAGUUGAAACAAAAGUGGGAUUCAUUCUAAAAUUAAUCAUGUCAAGUUUCUUAGCGAAUUUAUUUAUUCGCUAUCACUAAAACGACAAUCUUUUUGCGGAAUUGCGGCUAGACAGUAGCCAAAUAAUUUGGCUAGUAAAGCUUCUGUAUGAAAGAUCAUUGAAUUACUAAUGAUGGUAUUUAGGCUAGAUUCUAGAGUAAUGCUUUUGUAUGCCUUAUUAUUGAAGUGAUUGGACUUUAAUAAUUGUACAUUAUAUAGUUCUAUAAUUAGGAUAAUAAUAGACGUCGAAAAAGUUAGGAAAGAGUGGGAAGGAGAAUAUAAUUUAAUUGGCAAAUAAAGCUUAAUAAAUCAAGGCCUUCAAGGGUUUUUUACAAAAAUAUUCCUAAAAUAAACUUAUUUACGACUAUUAGUUACUACUAGUACAAUAUAGUAUCAUAAUAACUGAAGUUUAAAAAUUGAACAUAGGUUAACAAAAUUUCAUUACCACUCUAGUCACUAAUCAUAUUCUGCUCAUUCUGUUCGGGGUCAAAUUGUUCCCUCACGUGUAAAACUAAAGUCAUGUAUUUCCCAAAAAAAAAAUUGGAAAAUAUUUCCCUCAUCCCUUAUAAUUUGGGAAAUUAUAGGGAAUCAUACUAUGAACUAUACAUUUAUACAGCGGGUUACUCCAUCAUAACUUCAUUUUAGAAAUGAGUAAUUAUAAUAUAUCUAGUUAUCCACACAUUUAUUUAUGAGUCCAUAGUGGAGUCAUGCAUGUUUUCUUAAAAUUUCUGCUUAUACGUUUGUCGAGUUAGAUUGGCACGUUGAACAAUAAAAUAAAAUUUUUAACUAUGAUUUAUGAAGAAGAGAGAAAUAAUAAGAAUGACAGAUUAGUUGAGGGACUAAAAAAGAAAGUUGGCAAAAGAAAAGUGAUAAAUUAUUGAGGGACUAAAAAAGAAAGUUGGCAAAAUUAUAAGUAGUCUAUAUUUAUUAUUUUAAGAUUCACAAUAUUUUAUUUAGAGCUAAUAGUUGGUUAGGUUUAAUUGCCUAGCAGUUUAUAGUGGGCUGACAGAGCUCUCAUUAAGGACACUUCGAAUCUCAUCCAAAUUAAUAAGCGUAUUAUUAUUGUUGAACACGAAUUGUAGAUAGGGAUGGACUCAUGGACUGGGCCCGAGCCCAGGACCGGACGAGCUUCUGGACUAAGGAAUUCAGGCCUGUUACCGGCCCGGGACCGGGCGGGCUUCAGGACUAAGGAAUUCAGGCCCAUACCGGCUCGGGUAUGCUCCGGGACUGGACCUGCCUAGGCCCAAACAGUACCGGGCCGGGCCCAGAUUGGCACCACCCAUUUAAUUAAACUUUUUUAAAAGUGGAAAUAUCCCCGUAGGUCUAUAUUUUAUAACUAUAUUUCAAUUAUGUCUCCUAAUUAUUUACUUUUCAAUUAUAAACUUUAACCUUUUCACCUUAAAUUUAUUUAUUUCAAAAUUAAUCUGACUCUAAAGUCUAAACUAAAACCAAACGGGAACGUCGAUUUGUCGCAGCGCUUCAAAUUUUCUUAUUUGUCUAUCUUCGGUCAUCUAUGGAGGAAAACCUUCUUCUUCGAGGUCGAGUUGCAAACGGCAAUAACGAUGGCCCUGUAGAGACGGUGGACGUACGCUACGGCUUCGAGUUCACAGGGGACCUAUGAGGCGACGACGGCUAUCAUCUGGAACACGGCAGACCAUGGACGAUCUGGAGCACGACAGGCGAUCUGGAGCGGCGGCGAGAUCUAAGGCGAGCGAGGUGAGUAACAACAGCAGGUGAGCUUCAGAGACAUAGCUGUGGCUUGGACGGUUCGUUCAUCUUCAGUCUUCACGACCUCACCGCUAGUCAAACUGAAAGAUUUUAACAAAAACGUCAUAGAUUUGUGCGGCUGUUCCCCUCCCCCCGUGUCGGUUCCGCCCUCUUCCCCUGCGUGCUCGAUUGCUUGCUGCCUCAUUGGUUUCCGAUUUGCACGAUUUGCAGGUACGUGUUUGAGAUUUUGAACAUUUCGCUUUCGCUUUAAUUUUGAUCUUAAUUCAUAUAGUUAAGAUUUACUUCUUGUUUCCGAUUCAGCUUUUUUUAUUGUAAAAUUUGAAUUUAUGUUUGAAUGAAUGCAUAGACGCUGUAAAAUUUAUCCAAUCUGGAAAGGUCAUCUAAAAUAGCAAGGGUUUAGAACAGAGCACAUAUAAUACAUAAAUGAAUUCAUACACACUCAAGAAAUGGAACUUCGAUAUUAUGUUGGAUAAGGAAAUGAGACUUUGAGUUGCUGUCUCCUCAUUGACUUCCCACUUCAAUAUCAUGCCAAGUAUCACAUUAUGUUUAGGGAAGCAAUCUACUGCGGUCAUCUUUGCACUAUAAGGGAAAGGAUUAUAGGAUGCAACUUCAAAUGGGGAAUGGUGGAUUGCUAGGAGCCAGUUACAUCCAGAAAGUGAGUCCUCAUAAAUCUUUGGGAGGUGAAGUAUUCUGUCCUGGACAACAUCGCAAAUCAGGGAUAGACUAUGCUACCCAGUACAACACUGAUAAGAAGGUUGCCUCAGGACAAGUAGCUAGCACUAGACUUGUUGCAUUGAAUUAUGUUCAAAAGUGUCUGAGAAAGUUUCUCUAGCAUCAGACUUAAUAUAGAACUACAUUUCUGGAGAUGUCACAUCAAGUGUUGGUUAUCAUUAUAUCCUUUGGCAGUGUCGUCUAAGGUGGAAGAUCGGCUCCAGCUGCUGUGUUUCUGCUUUCUUGGAAGAGCGAUCGAACACGGGGCUUAAUUUCAUCCUUUCUGCUGCAAUUGACCAUAAAAAGAAAGAUUACAAGUCUGGUUGUGGACUUGCAAUAUGAGAAUAGUGUGAGGCUUCUUUAGAUGUUCCUAAGUGCGGGCUUGUAGUGAAAAGACAUUGAGCAUCUUCCAGUUGAUCGAUGAUUCUUUUCUCCAUUUCCAUUAUUAGCGGGAAGUUUUGUAUUUUAUUCUUUUGACUGUGUCGAGUAAGAUAUGUUUAGGGUCAAUUCCGAGCUUCAAGUGACUGCUUAUUUUGCGUUUUUUGGAGAUAUUAUUACAUGGCAGUUUAUAACUGUAGAACCUUCUGUUAAUAAGAUUGUUAUUCUCGCUUUUGUUUAUAAUUUUGUAUAAAAAGCAAAGUUUUGCUUCAGUACAAACAUAUGUUCUUCGCACUAUCAUUAUAUGGAUUACAGUUUCGGUAAAAAUGACACUCUUAUUUCUAAACUUCACUAGUCCUUUUCAUCUGUUAUGAAGUUUCCUCCAUUGACACUCUUAAUGAUUGCAUUCUCGUUGUAGGCACAUAGUAGCAAAUAGGUACAUGGAGAUGCAAGGGUGAGAAGAUCGACAAGGAAGUGAAGACAAAAUUAAAGAAGAACCAAGCCAUAGAUGUAAUAGAUAAAUGAAUAAAUUGUAAUAAGAAAUUAUUUUAUAUGUAUGUUGAGAUAUUUUUACAUGUUAUUUUUGUUGCUUUUUGUUGCAUCGUGUUGCUUUUUGUUGCAUCAUGUUUUUUUGUUGCAUGAUGUUGUUUAUUGUUUUUUAUUAUUGUUUUUUAUACGGAGUAUAUUGUUUUUGUUUCUCUUUGUUGCAUUUUGUUGCAUCACAUGUGUUGCAUCUUGUUGCAUCGUGUUGCAUUUUGUUGCAACAUGUUCUUUUUGUUGCACUCUGUUACUUCUUAUUGUUUAUUGACGAUUUAGAUUUUUUGUGUUUAUUUAAGUUUCUGUUUAUCUUUUCUACUUCCUUAUAACAAAAAUAUCCAUUUAAUUUUAUAAACAAACACCUAAAAUUAUAAAUUACGGAGUAUGAUUUAUGAAUAUAAACAACAAGAAACAUAAAGAAACAAUAAGAAACAAAAAAUUCAAUUAUAAACAAAAAGAAACAAAAGGAAACAAAAACUAACAAUAAAACGA